UUGCUGAAGAAAAUGAAGGACAAGGCAGACAAACGGAGCACCUAGUGAAUGUAGAUGAGGUUUUUUAGAGCAGAUAGACAAGAGAGGGAGAGCUCUUCAGUCUGGCAUCUGUCGCUUUGUGACACGGAAGUGACAGUUGAAUCGCAGCAUUCUUGAUAAUCUUGCAGUACAUGAAGUCGGCAGGAAAGAUCCAUCAGAAGAAAUGGCAGUGAGGCAGAGGCUUUUCAACUCUACAGCUCCAUUUUCCAGUUCACCCAAAGCCGAGCUGAAGGCGUCAUACCCAUCCUGCUCCGCCACAGAGCAGAAGACAGAGGAGGGAAAAGAGGAGCAGAAGGAAAAAAUGGGCUAUAUGCCUGUAGAAGAAUGGGCAAAAAAUAUUGUUAACAGUAAACUCCUGACACAUGGAACUGCUGAGCAAAUGGGAGCCCAUGAAAUGCCCAGCAAAACCUCAAUUAUUGCUCAGGCUGAAUGUGAAACUCAGGACUCCCAGGAGUUCAGUCCUUCUUGUUCUGCACCCUGCUAUGUCCGCUCCCCUAAACCCUUCAACUUCAGUCCUCCUUCAGAGCGCAACAAUGUGGCAUCCUCGACAACCGCCUCCGUCCAGUGGCCAUGCGGCCUUUCAGCUCCCCUCACCCCAAGAAAGAAGAGCCGGAGGAGACAGAGGCAGAAGCGCAAGGUGAAGAAGAAGCAGGAGAAUAGGAGUCAGAGGCGUCGAACACCCUCUGGAGUCCCUGAACAGGAGAGUGGAGGCUCUCUAGUCCCGAUCCCGGAGGAGUCAUCCCUCCGAGGGAGCAACCUCAGUACUUCCUGCUGUAGCAGUAUUGAAAGCUCAGUUGAUCAAGAGCAAGGAACAUCUCUAUAUGGCAUCUAUGGCACCGGCUCCAGCUGCUCCCCUUUGAACUGGCCAGACCCAGCCUUGCACCCCCUCUCCAGCUAUGAUCAGGACAGCAGCUCAGACUCCCUCAGCAGUCUGGGAAACUGUUCGCUGGCCCUCGCUGGCCUCAGGGGCUGUGUCAGUCAGGGGGACCGGUGCUUUGCUUGGCCCUUUUUUAAAGAUGUGGAGAGGGACGCAAGAGUAGAUGAAGAUGAGUUCCCUGCAGCAGAUUCUGUGAGCAACGAGGGAUUAAUCUUUUACAAUGAAAAAAUUAAUCCUGUUGACUCCGAAUACAAGGAAGGGAGUGAGUAUGUGCUGUCUCAGUUUAUCAAGGAAGGCUCCUAUGGUGAAGUUUACAGUGCUCAUGAUGUCAAGACAGGAUUCACAUUUGCUGUCAAAAAGAUUGCCAUGAAGAGGUUCAACAGCGAGGAGGUGGGUGCGUGGAGUGCCCUCAGAUCUCCUUGCGUGGUGGAACUCUUUGGAGUGGUCAGAGAAGGGCCCUACGUUAUCUUCUUGAUGGACCACAAAUCUGGUUCCCUGGGUGACCUGAUAGUGGAGCGUGGCCGUCUGCCAGAGGAUUUAAGUCUGCACUACCACUCUCAGGUCUUAACAGCGCUGGAGUACUUGGUGAAGAAAAAAGUGGUGCACUUAGAUAUUAAAGCUGACAAUGUGUUGCUGUCAGAGGAUGGAAGAAACACCUUCUUGUGUGACUUUGGACGCGCAGAGAGACUUGACAAUCAGGGGCAGAGCCUCAGCGGGUCCAAAGACUUGAAAGGUACAGAGACCCACAUGGCCCCUGAGAUAGUAAAAGGAGAUCCCCGCGGAGCCAAAGCAGAUGUGUGGAGCAUCUGCUGCAUGCUGCUGCACAUGCUCAAUGGGUGCCAACCAUGGACAAGAUACUACACCUGCAGACUCUACCUGAAGAUUGCGAACGAGCCUCCGCCUCUGAGAGAAAUCCCACCUGACUGCAGCCCUUUCACAGCUGAAGUUUUAAAGGCGGGACUCCAGAAAGAUCCAGUGCAAAGAUCAUCAGCAUCUGACCUUAAAGAAAAAACUGUCGAAGCUCUGAGAAAAGUUGGAGGGCUCACAAGCCCUGUCAAAGGACCCUACACAGAGCCACUAUAUGUUGCCAACAAACCACCAGAUUCCCUGCAUCUCAUUCAUAGCAGCAUUGACUUUGAUAAUGAGGAGGAGCAUUUGAAGUCUAUUGACAAAGUGAUCACAGCAGAACUGAAGGCAAAUAACCUGAAUGAUGGGCAAGGAGUCGAGGCUGGAUCUAAGGAAUCAAAGCAUGGUUCGCCUACUGGUCCACAAAUGCUGAUCUCUGAGCCAAUCCACAAGAGGAGCAACAAGGUCACCACUGUGCCGGAACUUGAGCUUCGUAAACUGGAGAACGACUUCUACCUCACCAGUCUGUCUCAGCUUCAUUCUGCUGAGAUGCAGGAGCAGCUCCUGUCCUGUCUCAGCAGUGAUCAUUGCUCCAACUGGGAACCAUGGGAUAAAAAGGACUCUGGCCGCUGGUCCCUAAGCCCCGGAGAUGACUUAAGCUCUGGUGUCUACUCCUACAAUAGUCAGCCAGAUGUGUCGGUCUUCAGUAUGGAUUUACUGGGCCAUACACAAGUUCCUCCCCCCUGCUGUUUUGAAGGGGUUGAUGUCUGCAUUAGAGACUUCAGCAGCAGAAGCAUUCGGAUCAGAGAGACCCGUCGGGUGAAGGUGGGCCACAUCGCCACUGGAAUCAGUGAUCAGAUCUCAGAGCGAGUGUUCACUCUGAAGACCCCACAGGGCCUGCAGGUCGCUCACGAUGACGAGGUGCAGGAAUCUGGUCUGGAGCUCUGCUGCGUUCCUGCUCCAGACUUCAGCUCUACCUGGAUGUGGAGGAUCCGAGAUGGAGUGCUGGAGACCAGAUAGAGCCUUCCUUCCAGUGACAGUUACUGUGCAAUCAGCAGUGACAUAUUAUGUGCCGGCUUUUUUAUGUUUCAGUGUGUGGUUACCAGGUUUUAAUCAGAAAAAAAAAAAAAAUUUUUUAUGCAAGCAUUCUAAAAAAAAACAAGUCUCAUAUCUUAAAUACGGUAUCGUGUCAGUAUGUUGUCGUGUAGCUUUGAGUCUUAUGUUUACAUGUUGCAUGUCAUAGCUUGUUUGCUUUAUGGCAAUAAACAUAUUGAACUGUG